AUGAUUAUUUCUUUCGUCCUAAUCUCUCUUGCAAUGUCUUAAUUGACUCUUGUAAGUGAAGAUCUAAUGGAUCAAACAGUAUCAGAUUCUGCUUGGAAUUAUAGUAAUUCCUGUGAUUGGACACAAAGUACAACAGUAGUAAGUCAAAUUGGAAGCUGUACAACAAAUAGUUUCUAAUAUUCUUACGUUGGAUAAACAAUAGGUAGAUAAAUGUACACAGUAACAAAUAUGCCACCACAUUUUUAAGUUAAAAUCAUAGUGGAUGGAUAUUUUCUGAAUGCAAAUAAUAACUAAAUAACAAUAAAAUAUGAUUGCAAUCCCUCAAGCACAGCUUAAAAGACAUUUCAAUACAAAGACAAUGGGUCUGCAAGUAAUAGUAUACAAAGUUAUUAAAAUUUGUGUGAUACAACUUGGUCAAGAUUUUAGUAUCAAACUUUCCUUUUAACAUUUCAGCACAAUGAUAAUGAUUUAUUGCAAUUUAGAGUUUGUGGAUCACUCGGUAAUGGAUAAAUGUAUGGAACAAGAAGUUUAUAAAUAUAUGUUGAUCGAUGUCAUUGGUCUUGCUUGAAAUGUGAAACAAGUGCAGCCAUUGAUAAAUGCAGAGUUUGCUUUACAAAUCCUACAGUUCCAUUAUCAUCAUUAGGCACAUGUCCUAACUGUCCUACUAAUAAACUUUAUAUAGAGUAUUUAGAUAGUUCUAAAGGAUGUUUUACUGAAUGUAGAUAUUAUAGAAUAUCAGAUUCAAAUAAUGUCUGUUAAUUCAAUGAAAGUAUCAUCUAAUUUUAAUAUAUAGACAUGUUACCAUUAGCUACAUAUCUAGAUACUGAUACAUUUACAACUGCUUCUCCAUUUGUUUUCAUUCCUGAUCCUAUCAAUUUUAAUAUAAUAAACGUUGAAAGAAUAUCUUAAAUUCCUUGUCAAACUUCUAAAAAUUAUGUAGGUCCCUUUUAUUCUAAUGAAGGGUAUAAAAUGUAGUUAUCAUUACCUUACAAUCUGACUUAUAUAAGAUUUAGAAUAACUCUAUUAAAAUUGGGAACUUGGGUUGAUUAUUCAACCGUAAGAAUACUUUUAGAUACAGAUGAAUAAGCUUCAAUUUAUAGUGUUGGAGAUGCUUUGUAAAAUAGAAAUGGAUAAGUCUUAUUAACAGAAACAAAUUGUACAAAUCCCGCAGUUACUUAUUAUAGAAUAGAAGCAAAAUUAAGGAGCAAUAUCAUAUCUCCAAUUUUAUAUAUAUAAGGAAAUAUGGAGUAUUAUAUAAAAUCUAUUUAAUUAGUAAUACUGGAUCUUAAUCUUGGGGAUUUAAUAAUGUGGUUUUAGAUGUUAUGAAAUGUUAAUCAACCUGUUCUUGGUGUGAUUAUGAUUUAAAAUGCUAUGCUUGUUCAACUGGAUUACUCUACAAGAAUAGAUGUGUANCGUCCUAAUCUCUCUUGCAAUGUCUUAAUUGA